UUCUGAGAAUGCCCUGGUCCUCGCUGAACCUGGCUUCCUUCUCUUGGUUGCACCCAUAAAGAUUCUUCCCUGGCACUAGCCAACUGGCACGGACUUCCGAAGACGGGCGAUGGCGACCUAUGCUGGCAAGCAGGGCAAGAGGCAGGACGAGAGCAGCCUGGGCAGCCUGGUGGACCUGGUGCUGGCCAACGCCCGGGUGGUGCUGGGGGUCAGCGGUGCGGCUGUGUUGGCCCUGGCGACGCUUGCAGUCAAGAGGUUCAUUGACCGAGCCACCAGCCCACCGGAUGAUGAGGACGACAUAAAAGCCAAGCAGAAGUCCCUGGAGGAGAGCUGGCAAGAGCUAAGCCUGAUCAAGGGGGUGUCCAAAGUGCGCCGGCAAGAUCUGGAGGAGCCCCUGCUGUCCCCGGUCACAGCUGCACCUGCGCAAGACUCUAAAGAUCUCAUCCUGUCCCCGGGGGUCUCUUUGGGGCAGUCCAAGUCCCUGCUCUGCCUCACCCUUCAGGAGAAGCUUCUCUCGUUCUACAGGGAUCACAUCUACGUCUCCGAGACGGAAAAGGCUGUUGGGAAGCAGCUCGCAGAAGACAUCCGGGUGGAGCUGCAGACCUUCCUGAAAAACAAAUCUUUGGAUCUGCCCUUUGGGAAUAUUUCCCUGAGCGGCUACCUUUGUGACGACCUUGUUGGCCAACACCAACUGGAGGUGGUCUUCAACCUUCCCUUAGUCCUAGAAGACCACCUUUGGCACUUGAUCCGUGGUGAAGAGACACUCGUGGAUAACUCGUGGUAUGGGAUGAUCAAACGGAGUGGUCUGGAGUAUUUUACAAGGGGAAGCAGCCCUUGGGACAAGUUCAUUGUAGGUGGGUACUUAUCGUCCAAUGCUAUCAACGAUGCCCUCCUGAAGACCUUGGUGGCCUCCGUCAACUGGCCGGUCAUAGGCAGCCUGCUGGAAUGCCUCAUACGGCCUUCGAUGGCUCCCAGGGAGCUGAAGCUGGAAGUCCAACACGAACAGGUCCUCUUGGACAUCACCCUCUGCCCGAUGGUGGAAACAGAAGGCAAGAUUUUUCUGGCCACGUUCUCUGGAGAACCCGUGGACAACCUCUGGCAGCAGAGUUUUUACGCCGCAGAGGUUUCCAAGCUGAAAGAGCUGGAUGCUGGAGAUGGCGGCAUCCGGCAAUGUUGUCUCCUCAUCUUGAAGGCCACCUUUGAAAAACACCCUUUCUGGAGCAAAUUGACUGGCAGUCAGUUGACUCACGUCAUCCUCCACCUGAGCCAAAUGGAGCCGGACUGGCCGGAGGCGAUGCUGGCCGAGAGGCUCCAGCAGGUCUUGGAGGAGCUGGUCCAGUGCCUGGCCAAAGGCUCUCUCCCUUGCUUUUUCGACGACAGGGUGGACCUCUUGAGCCAUCUGCUCCCGGAGGAGAUUGACGAGAUCGGCUGCACGCUGUACGAGGCGUUGGCCGCGCCCAACCUUGCAGACGGGCUGGGUUUAUAAAGAGAAUCCUGGCUCCCUUUCGGACGGAGAAGACUUGGA